ACGAGUGUUUUGGAGGCGGGGAGUCUCAGUGGGUCUGCUGGCCGGGCGGCGGUGUGUGUGCGUCGGACAGCAGGAGGCAGGAGGAGCCCUCACCGCCUGGAGGACGACACGGCGAGAAGGGAGAGACAGCGGAAAGAAAAAGAGGGGACAUUGAAAGAAAGACGCCGCGUUGCUCGGAUGAACAUAUCGGAGCUCAAAGGCUGAAGUUUGGCUGUCGACGAGGACAAAAAGCCGACAAGGUGCUGACACGCCUGCGUUUGUUGGAUGAGAAUAAAUGUAAAGGAAUGUUGGACGGGAGAAAAGGAGACGAGUGUCAGUAAUGGAGGCCGCGGCGGCCCCAUCCUUUACCGUACAUCUGUGGAACCACGCCCGCCUCCGCCAUGGCUAACUGCGUCCCGCCAGCCAGUGGACGCGCCGAGUGCCAUGCCCCGCCAGCGCCAUGCUAAGGCGGCGCGGGAGUAACCACCAGGAGCGCUCGCUUCGCGCCGAGGGAAAACGCUGGAAGAAGUUGGUGGAAAAUCUCUGAGUUCAUCGUCGACGGCGGUUUGUUGUUUGGACCUAGAUACUUGACUUUUUGCCCAGCGACUUCCUGAGAGCUGAGUGGUGAUGACACCAGGAAGUGAGGAUGUGAGAGGCAGGAAGAUGGACGCCGUAUGAAGACAAGGAGGAAGCAGCACAGCACAAUGGCCCAAAGCAGUCUGCUGCAGGGGAAACGCUUUUAUUGCCGGGAAUGGGUCUUCCACAAGAUCCAGCAUUGCCUCCAGGAGAAGAGCGACGACCUGGGCGGGGCGACCGGCACGCCCGCUAAGCAGCCGGCGCCCGUGAAAGGCGGCAACUCCUGGGGGGUGUUGCUGGUCGGCGGUCCCGGCAGCGGGAAAACGGCGCUGUGCACGGAGCUGCUGUGGCCCACGUCCGCCCAGGGAACCCAGCGGGGCCUGCACCAGCGCGGCCUGGCCUUCCACUUCUGCCGGGCGGACGACUCGGACACCACGUGCGUCGCCGGCUUCGUCCGCCGCCUGGUGGCGCAGAUCUGCCGCGGCGGGCUGGUGCCGGGCUACGAGGAGAAGGUGCGCGACCCGGCCGUGCAGGGAGCCCUGCAGCCCGGCGAGUGCGAGAGGAACCCCACCGAGGCCUUCAAGAGAUGUGUGCUCCUGCCUCUCCUGAGCGCCAAGCCGCCACCGCAGGCUCUCUUCCUGCUGGUGGACUCGGUAGACCAAGGUGGGCAGCUGGGCGAGGCGGAGCAGAGGUCGCCGGCGGACUCCCCCCGGACCAUCGCCGAGCUCCUCGCCACUCAUCAGCAGUUCCUGCCUCCGUGGCUCCUGCUGGUCUGCUCUGCGCGGAGACAAAACAAAGCCAUUACCAAACUUUUCACCGGAGUGUGGAUCAGAUCUGUGGGGUCUGGUUGUUUACAGGAGUGUGGAUCGGACCCGUGUUGACGUGGGGUCUGGUUGCGGGACGCAGCGAGGCUCACUUUGACUUGGCGCCUGGCCACUGACUGUAAAAGCCAGUGCCACGCAAGCUGCUCCUAUAAUAUUUCCCCAAGACUGCCAACAUGCAACCCCCAACCCUCAUGCUGGAUUAGAGUGUGGACGGCCAUGGCUGCCUUCUCCCACACUUAAAAGCCACUGACAGCGCAGAUGGUUUUGAUGUUGCAGAUUACAUUUGGCUUCUCCAAUUUGCAUAUUGACUCACUCUGCCGCAACAUUGACCGUCUGCCACGUAAUUACCAGUGAGUUAUGUCAUCCUGACCAUGGCUUUGUUAGCUAGUCAGAUAGCAGAUUAUCUCAAAACGUUAUGGCUGGAUUUCGAUGAAACUUUCAGGUUGUGUUUGAAAUGGAAUAAGGAACAAGUGAUUAGAAUUUGGGCCCGAUCCGGUGUUCUGUCGAACUUUGAUGCUUCCCUGAAAAAAGCUAGCGGUUGCAUAAAAC